CUUAAGCUUGAGCAAAGGGAGGUCCAAAGAACAAGGAGUUGGAAAAGAAGGAAAAAACCCAGGAAAUAAAGAUUACCGGUUGGCCGCCGUUGUUUGAAUACAAACGCAAACGAUGAAGGGAAAGAGAAAGUUAGUGUAUCGCUCAAACUAUAGAACUAGCGGAAAUAGUUUGCAGCCUUGGAGGAGACGUAGGGACAUAGGGACAAGAGAAACAAAGGGUGAAGGGAGAAGCGAGAAGAAGAGACGGAGGAGAAGGGAGGAAGUUUGGAGAGACGAAUGGGGUAAAGACGGAGGGUUUCAGAGAGCAUCGGUUGAACCGAUAACUCUGCUAGAACCGAUGGAUAAAAGUGGUGUGGCACAGGUUUAUUUACUCUAUAUAGUACUCCAUCCAUAUGAGGGUAAAGUUGGGUUGGGUAUUAAUGGGCAGAGUUAAAU